AUGGGGAUCGACGGGGAAACGGUGGUCUUGAAGAACAUGCUCAUUGGUGUAAACCUGAUCCUCCUGGGAUCCAUGCUCAAACCUUCUGAGUGUCGGCUGGAGGUGACCACAGAAAGGGGCCAGAGACAAACUGUGGGGGAGGAAGGAGGGGCUUCCAGCUAUAACACAUCCAGCAAGGAACAGCCUAUGGUCUUCAACCAUGUGUAUAACAUCAAUGUCCCGCUGGAGAGCCUCUGCUCCUCAGGGCUGGAGGCCUCGGCUGAACAGGAAGUGAGCGCUGAAGACGAUACUCUGGCAGAAUACAUAGGUCAAACCUCAGAUCACGAAAGCCAGGUCACCUUUACCCAUAAGAUCAACCUCCCCAAAAAAGCCUGCCCGUGCGCCAGUUCUACCCAGGUACUGCAGGAGCUCCUAAGCCGGAUCGAGAUGCUGGAGAGGGAGGUGUCAUUGCUGCGAGACCAGUGCAGCACCAACUGCUGUCAGGAAAGUGCGGCCACAGGACAACUGGACUAUGUCCCUCACUGCAGCGGCCAUGGCAACUUUAGCUUUGAGUCCUGUGGCUGCAUCUGCAAUGAAGGCUGGUUUGGCAAGAACUGCUCAGAGCCCUACUGCCCACUGGGCUGCUCCAGUCGGGGGGUGUGUGUCGAUGGCCAGUGCAUUUGCGACAGUGAAUACAGUGGCGAUGACUGCUCUGAGCUGCGGUGCCCAACGGACUGCAGCUCCCGGGGGCUCUGCGUGGAUGGAGAAUGUGUCUGUGAAGAGCCCUAUACAGGCGAGGACUGCAGGGAGCUGCGGUGCCCCGAGGACUGUUCAGGGAAGGGGCAGUGUGCCAACGGUACGUGCCUGUGCCAAGAGGGCUAUGCUGGGGAAGACUGCAGCCAGCGCCGGUGUCUGAACGCCUGCAGUGGGCGAGGACACUGCCAGGAGGGACUCUGCGUCUGUGAGGAGGGCUACCAGGGCCCCGAUUGCUCAACAGUUGCCCCUCCAGAGGACUUGCGAGUGGCUGGUAUCAGCGACAGGUCCAUUGAGCUGGAAUGGGACGGGCCGAUGGCAGUGACGGAAUAUGUGAUCUCUUACCAGCCGAUGGCCCUGGGGGGCCUCCAGCUCCAGCAGCGGGUGCCUGGAGAUUGGAGUGGUGUCACCAUCACGGAGCUGGAGCCAGGUCUCACCUACAACAUCAGCGUCUACGCUGUCAUUAGCAACAUCCUCAGCCCUCCCAUCACUGCCAAGGUGGCCACUCAUGUCUCCACUCCUCAAGGGCUACAGUUCAAGACGAUCACAGAGACCACCGUGGAGGUGCAGUGGGAGCCCUUCUCAUUCCCCUUCGAUGGGUGGGAGAUCAGCUUCAUUCCAAAGAACAAUGAAGGAGGGGUGAUUGCUCAGCUCCCCAGCGACGUUACCUCCUUCAACCAGACAGGGCUGAAGCCCGGAGAGGAGUACAUUGUGAAUGUUGUGGCUCUGAAGGAACAAGCCCGGAGCCUCCCUACCUCCGCCAGCGUCUCUACUGUCAUUGACGGGCCCACGCAGAUCCUGGUUCGAGAUGUCUCUGACACUGUGGCCUUUGUGGAGUGGACCCCACCUCGAGCCAAAGUCGACUUCAUUCUCUUGAAAUAUGGCUUAGUGGGUGGAGAAGGUGGAAAGACUACCUUCCGGCUGCAGCCUCCCCUAAGCCAGUACUCAGUGCAAGCCCUUAGACCUGGCUCCCGCUAUGAGGUCUCAGUCAGUGCAGUCCGAGGAACCAACGAAAGCGAUGCCACAAGUACCCAAUUUACAACAGAGAUUGAUGCUCCCAAGAACUUGCGAGUGGGUUCCCGCACAGCAACUAGCCUUGACCUUGAGUGGGAUAACAGCGAGGCAGAGGCACAGGAGUACAAGGUUGUGUACAGCACCCUAGCGGGUGAGCAGUACCAUGAAGUGCUGGUCCCUAAGGGCAUUGGCCCAACUACCAGGACCACCCUCACGGAUCUGGUACCAGGUACAGAAUACGGAGUUGGGAUAUCUGCGGUCAUGAACUCAAAACAAAGCAUUCCUGCUACCAUGAACGCCAGGACUGAGCUUGACAGUCCCCGAGACCUUAUGGUAACAGCCUCAUCAGAGACCUCUAUCUCUCUCAUCUGGACCAAGGCCAGCGGUCCCAUUGAUCACUACCGAAUUACUUUUACCCCAUCUUCUGGGAUCUCCUCAGAAGUCACUGUGCCUAGGGACAGGACUUCAUAUACUCUGACAGAUCUAGAGCCCGGAGCAGAAUACAUCAUCUCUAUCACGGCUGAGAGGGGUCGGCAGCAGAGCCUGGAGUCCACUGUGGAUGCCUUCACAGGCUUUCGCCCUAUCUCCCAUCUGCACUUUUCUCACGUGACCUCCUCCAGUGUCAACAUCACCUGGAGUGACCCAUCUCCCCCAGCAGACAGACUCAUCCUCAACUACAGCCCCAGGGAUGAUGAGGAAGACAUGAUGGAGGUCCUCCUGGAUGCCACCAAGAGGCACGCUGUCCUCAUGGGGCUACAGCCAGCCACUGAAUAUAUAGUGAACCUUGCAGCUGUCCAUGGGACCGUAACCUCCGAGCCCAUAGUGGGUUCCAUCACUACAGGAAUUGAUCCCCCCAAAAACAUCACAAUUAGCAAUGUGACUAAGGACUCGGUGACGGUUUCCUGGAGCUCUCCUGUCGCACCUUUUGAUUACUACCGUGUAUCAUAUCGACCCACACAAGUGGGACGGCUGGACAGCUCCGUGGUGCCCAACACUGUGACAGAGUUCACCAUCACCAGGCUGUAUCCAGCUACUGAAUAUGAAAUAAGCCUCAACAGUGUGCGGGGCAGGGAGGAGAGUGAGCGCGUCUGCACCCUGGUGCACACAGCCAUGGAUAGCCCUACGGAUCUGACUGCUACCAACAUCACCCCCACAGAAGCUCUGCUUCAGUGGAAAGCACCCAUGGGUGAAGUGGAGAACUAUGUCAUUGUCCUCACACACUUUGCAAUUGCAGGAGAGACCAUCCUGGUUGAUGGAAUCAGUGAAGAAUUCCAGCUUGUUGACCUGCUUCCUAGCACCCACUACACCAUCACCAUGUAUGCCACCAGUGGGCCUCUCGUGAGUGGCACCAUUGCCACCAACUUCUCUACCCUCCUGGACCCUCCUGCCAACCUGACAGCCAGCGAAGUCACCAGGCAAAGUGCAAUGAUCUCCUGGCAGCCACCUAGAGCAGAGAUUGAAAACUAUAUCCUGACAUACAAGUCCUCUGAUGGUAGCCGCAAGGAGCUGAUUGUGGAUGCUGAGGACACGUGGAUCCGACUGGAGGGCCUGUCAGAGAACACAGACUACACAGUGCUCCUGCAGGCAGCUCAGGAUGCCACAAGGAGCAGCCUCACCUCUACUGUCUUCACCACAGGAGGUCGAAUGUUCUCCCAUCCUCAGGACUGUGCCCAGCAUUUGAUGAAUGGAGAUACUCUGAGUGGAGUGUACACCAUCUUCCUCAAUGGGGAGCUAAGCCACAAGCUGCAAGUAUACUGUGACAUGGCCACAGAUGGGGGCGGCUGGAUUGUGUUCCAGAGGCGGCAGAACGGCCAAACUGAUUUUUUCCGGAAAUGGGCUGAUUAUUGCGUUGGCUUUGGGAAUCUGGAGGAUGAGUUUUGGCUAGGGCUAGAUAACAUCCACAGGAUAACAGCCCAGGGCCGCUAUGAGCUGCGAGUUGAUAUGAGGGAUGGGCAGGAGGCAGCCUUCGCCUACUAUGACAAGUUCGCUGUAGAGGACAGCAGAAGCCUAUACAAGCUCCGCAUAGGAGGCUACAAUGGCACUGCAGGAGACUCCCUCAGCUAUCACCAGGGACGCCCUUUCUCCACAGAGGACAGAGACAACGAUGUUGCAGUCACCAACUGUGCCAUGUCAUACAAGGGUGCUUGGUGGUAUAAGAACUGCCACCGGACCAACCUCAAUGGGAAGUACGGGGAGUCCAGGCACAGUCAGGGGAUCAACUGGUACCAUUGGAAAGGCCAUGAAUUCUCCAUCCCCUUUGUAGAAAUGAAGAUGCGGCCCUACAACCACCGGCUCAUGGCCGGGAGGAAACGGCGAGCCUUGAAAUUCUGA